GCCAGACCGGGGCCGGGGCCGGAGUGGCGGCGGGAGCGGGCAGCUCGGCUCGGCGGGGCAGCGGCGGCUGCGGGCGCCCCACGGGGGUGGGUGGGCUGCCGGCGGCGGGCAUCGAACGGAGGGGCAGCGAGUCGGCGCCCCGGGCAGAGGUGGGGGCCCCGAGCAGGGCGCAUCGGCGGGGGGCGCGGGGGAGGUCCCCGGCGCGGCCGCCGGCAGCGGACGUCGGGCGGGGAGCGGCGAUCGGCGCCGUCGGGGCCACCGUCGGUGGUUGCGGCGAUGGGUGGCAGGCGGGGGGCCGUGCUGCGGGCGCUGGUGUCGCUGGCCGCCGGGCUGCUGGCGUGCGGCGGGGCCAGCGAGUACGACUAUGUCAGCUACCAGUCCGACCUGGGCCCCUACCCCGGCGGGCGCUUCUACGCCAAGCCCCACCAGUGUGUGGCCAUCCCUGCCGACCUGCGGCUCUGCCACAGUGUGGGCUACGACAAGAUGGUGCUGCCCAACCUGCUGGACCACGAGACCAUGGCUGAGGUGAAGCACCAGGCGAGCAGCUGGGUGCCGCUGCUCAACAAGAACUGCCACAUGGGCACCCAGGUCUUCCUCUGCUCCCUCUUCGCCCCUGUCUGCCUGGACCGGCCGGUCUACCCGUGCCGUUGGCUCUGUGAGGCCGUGCGUGACUCCUGUGAGCCUGUCAUGCAGUUCUUCGGCUUCUUCUGGCCUGAGAUGCUCAAGUGUGACCAGUUUCCCCAGGACGAUGUCUGCAUUGCCAUGACGGCCCCCAACGCCACCGAGGUCUCCAGGCCCAAAGGAACGACUGUGUGUCCCCCUUGUGACAAUGAGAUGAAGUCGGAGGCCAUCGUGGAGCACCUGUGUGCCAGCGAGUUUGCUCUUAAGAUGACCAUAAAGGAAGUGAAGAAGGAGAAUGGGGACAAGAUGAUUGUCCCACGGAAGAGGAAGGCACUGAAGCUGGGGCCCAUCCGGAAGAAGAACCUGAAGAAGCUGGUGCUGUUCCUGAAGAAUGGGGCUGACUGUCCCUGCCAUCAGCUGGACAACCUGGGCCACUACUUCCUCAUCAUGGGCCGCCAGGUGAAGACCCAGUACCUGCUGACGGCCAUCUACAAGUGGGACAAGAAGAACAAAGAGUUCAAGAAGUUCAUGAAGAAGAUGAAGUCUCCUGACUGCCCAACGUUUCCGUCCGUGUUCAAGUGAUGCGGUGGGCGGCGGGAGGGCCACCACCUGGACCUCACGCAGCCCAGCAUGGCGGCUCGGUCUCGCUUCUCUGCAGUGGGGAUGCUGGAGCUGAGCCCUCCUCCUCCCUCAUGUCCUCGGAGCUUUCCUUGCCGACCCCAGCCCUCCCACCUCCCUGCUGCCGGCAUCUGCCUGAUUGCCCAGGCGUGCGGGCAUGGCGCGCGUGCACCAGACAGUCGCUGAGGUCACACACAAUGUACAUCCGCAAUAUCCAAAGACCUGUUGCUGUAUGGAUAUGUACAUUCAUUUAAAUAGCAGCUGUCAGGUAAAGAGGGCAAGCAGAGGGGUGUCGAAAGAUUACACGCUUACAAAAAGGACCCUUGUGACCAUGUUACUCCUGUCUUUGUAGCUGCAGGAUCACCCUAAAUUAAUUCCUGUUUGAACCUGAGCCGGCCAGUUAGAAGGAUAUCCCAUCCUCACUAUAAAAGUUAAUAAAUGAGUAGUGGAGAGCCCGUUACAACCUCCUAAUAGCUAAUUGCCCUCACUGUAAAAACAUCCCGUUGUAGUCUGAACCUGCUUAGUUUAAGCCUUAACCCUGGGGGCCUUGUCCAUACCUUGAUCGGCUGAACUGGGGAGCCUUCCCGUACCAGCAUCUCUUGUAACGUGUCACUGGGACGCCUGCCCCGGCCCCCGCCAUACCAAGCCGAGCUGCCUGAGCCCCGUUCGAUGGCCUCGCGCGGACCCCCAGCGCAGCUGAGUGCCCCCCACCCGCACACCUCCUGCAUCAGCCUUUCGUGGCAGAGUUGCUGUGCACGUGUGGCUGGUGCUGCUUGUGCCCAGACAUGUAAUUCCAUUUUAGCCACAUGAAAAUGCAUACUGUUUGCUGGCCAGCCCAGCAGCCCGGGACUCCCCAUCAGGGGAGAGCUCGUGGCCAGCUCCACCAGCUUGUGUCACUCCCUAAUUUUACCAGUGAUAUUUUUAUAGUUUCUUCAGGCUGCUGGCAAAGUACCCGAUUGCAGAAGGCCAAGGACUUGUCCCUAUGGAGCACCGUGGGAAAUGCAUCAUCUCUGCCUUUCCCUCUUUGCGGCUGCUGUGGGACCUAUCGGUUUCUAGGUUUUUGUCUGUUUGAUGUGUGACAGCUUGGCUUUGUAUCGUUCUGUGGGUUGUUGGUUUUUUUCCCUAAUCAAAAUGUCAUGUUCAUAUGAGGUGAAAUAGUUUAUGAAAGACAAAGAACAUUGCAUCCAAAUGAUUACAUCUAUCGACUAAGCUGAAAUUAAUUAUUCUGUUAAUUGGACAAGUUCUCUUUUCCAUAGACCCAUAUUGCUCCACGUUAAUUAUACUAUCCUGCUUCUAUUCAAUGUUCUCAUCAAUCACUAUUACUCUAAGAGAAUUAAUAUCUUGCAAUAUGAGAUAAUCCUGUUGUAUUGCAGUUAAGUGAAAUAACAAAUCCUCGUUUUUGAGGUUUAAACCAACCCCACUCAAAGCUGGUAAAUUAAUUAUUUUUUACCUUGGGAGUGCUGUUUAUUCCCCACAUGGGGGCAGAGCCACAGACUUGAUUGUAGAAGAAUUCCAUGAGGAAGCCAAGCGCACUGAGGAAUGAUGUUUCACAGCUAACAGAGAGAUGCAUUUAGGACAUGAACUCCGUAGAAAGUCCCACUAGGUCGUCUUAGACCACCAUUUGUAGUAGUGUCGUUUUUUUGUUGCAAAAUUAAUCAUUUUAGAUAAUGUGCUUUAUCAGUGAAUUAAAGAAAUAAAUAAACCAUGGGCUUUAACAUCA